AUGACAAUACAAAGGCCUGCAUUCGCACACCAAGCGAAACGGUGCUUGGAUAUCCUCAUCACCAACAGCAUGCAGUGUACGAUAGGUGUGCCGCGGGCUCUUGGUUUACACAACCCUGGUCGACUCGUCCGACGGCUUCAUCUCGAUCCGCAGUCCUCCUCAUCCUCUUGCCGGCCAGCCCCGUCGCCGAACUCCCGGCCGGGCCACCCAACCCCUCUCGUUGGAACCUCCAGACUGGCGUUUUCCUCUGCAGCCUCAAAACAGCAUCCGCACAAGGGGAAAGCGGCCUGCGACCAUCAGAUCAAGUCCGAGUGGAUCCAGCUCGUCAAUCCCAGCAGCACCCUCAACCCAUCCUCGGCCGCCCCCACCGAUCCGCACCCGGCCCAAGCCGCCGCAAGCAACCUGCUCGUCGAGCCCGCCCUGACCCGGGAAGUGCUCGCCCGACUGGAUCUGAGCCAGUACACCCUGAUCGAAGUCAACUCGAAGGCGAGCCCGCCGAUCUGCAAGAUCGUCUCCCGAGAGGCGCUGGUCCAGAAGGAGCGGACGAAGGUGCGGCAGAAGAAGGAGCAGCAGAAGUCGAACCGGCUCGACAGCGUGGUCAAGGAGAUCCAGCUGUCGUGGAAGAUCGGGCCGAACGACCUCAGCCACAAGCUCAAGGCCGUCCAGCACUGCUUCGAGAAGGGCUACAAGGUCCGCGCCCUCCUCAACCCCCCCGCCAGGCACCAGCUCGUCGACCAGAACCUCAGAGACGAGCUCCUGGCCGUCGUCGAACAGCAGCUCGCUGGCUUCGGCGGCCAGCUUGUCAAAGAAGAAAACGAGGGCGGCAAGCUGAUCAUGGAAUGGCAUCCCAUCCAAAAACUCAAAUGA